AUGACGCUUAAAACGAUUACUGUCUUUGGAGCGACGGGGAACCAGGGAGGAUCAGUCUUAAGGUCAUUGCUUGAAAAUCCCGACUUUAAGACACGGGGAAUCACCCGCAAUCCCGAAAGCGCAGCUAGCAAGGCUCUUUCUGCUCGCGGAGUGGAGAUGGUUCAAGCAGAUGGUUUCAAUUUUGAGGAGAUGAUUGCUGCAUUUCGCGGCUCCUGGGGCGCCUUUGUGAACAUCAACUCGGAUGACAAGAUUUUUGCCAACAACACAGGCCCUACCGAAUUUGAUAUGGGCAAAACAAUAGUGGACGCCGCGGCUCACGCGGGAGUUCAACACUUCGUUUUCAGCUCUGGUCCUCCAUGCACCGAAAUGACAGACGGCCGAAUCCAAAUGAAAGCCAUGGAUAUGAAAUACAAAAUCGAGAAAUACGCUCGAGAUCUGGGGACCUUCAAGUCUGUCAACCCCGUCGGUGCUGGCUGGUUCCUUGAGAAUUUCCUGGGGAAGGAGGCUGCACCUGUGGUUCCCUACUGGGGUGGAGAAGAAAACGUGCCUUGGCUAAGCAUUUCCGAUGACUUUGGGGAUAUAGUACAGGGUAUCUUCUUGGACCCGAUGAGGUGGGAUGGCCACUUUGUGCACGGUGUGAGUCACAUUUGCAGCUUUGAACAGAUUGUGGCGGAUUUCCAGGAGGUUUCCGGACAAAAGUCCAGAUUUGUCCCAAUCCUGCCGUCUUGGGAGGCCUUUGAUACACAUGGGAUCCACGAGCUGGAGGAUGUGAAGCUCAUGUUUGGAUUCACUCAGACCACAGGUGGCAAAUACUUUGCAGAUCCAACUGAGUGCCAUACGGCUAGUGAGCUGAAGAAGGCAACGGCCUUGACUUUGGGUUGGUCGGAGAGCAGAUACGAGUUGGUGACUGCGCGUGAGUGGUUUUCAGCCCGCUUUGGAAAGUAG